UUUGUACUCCAAAUAAAUUUCCGAACAUGGCGGUAAAAAUACCAACAAGUUUGUUGAAUAUGGAGUGAAGUGAAAUCGUUAUCAUAGGGCCAAGGCAAACGGCAGAGAAGAAUCAAUUUAGGUCUCAUGUCAUGUUGACAACCGUGUAGAACUAGUAGUUUGAAACUUGAAAGUUAUGAUUUGGUGAAAAGUUUGAAAUGUAAUUAUCUGAACGUGUUUUCACAACUAUACCCUUAGUGAAAAUGGCAUCAAUAUAUCUGCAAGAUAAAGGAUUUUUAUCGUGCAUUAAAAUUGCAGGGACGCCCAUUUUACCUCCCUUGAUUACUGAAGAACGAAGGAAAGAGCUAAAUGAAGAUAAAGCAAAAGCAAUUUCAAUUGAAAAAAAACUAGUGCACAAACGCAGCAGUAUCGAUAGUGGCGUUAUGACGGGAAGUUACAUAGAGUACUUUAAAAAUAGUGAGUUGAAACAAACAAGUUGUCAACUUUCUACAUCUAAUCUUACAAGAAAUGGCAAUGAUAAUUUUUUUGAUUUCAACAUUAACUCACAACCAUCUGAAGCCAAUGGUGAUGUCAGUGACAGUUUCAUGAAAUCUGCUCUAGAAGAUCCAUAUUUUAAGGAAUAUUUCUACAACACUGCUGACAGAGUAUUCAAAAGUAGCAAUCAUAAUGGUACAUCUCAGUCUUCCCAAAGUGAAAAUAUCCCCAGCGACAGUUUCUUGAGAUCUGCAUUGGAGGAUGCUGAAUUCCGGGAGUUUUUCUGUACGACUGCUGAUAAGAUUUUUAAGAACAAUAUAAUAAAUAGUGAUGGAGACCUAUUAGACAAUAAGCCCUUGAAUUUUGAAAUUGAUAGUGCAAUAUGUAAUGAAGAUACUGUAAGAGAAACAUAUGAAGUGUCUUCAGAAUUGUCACAAUAUUUUAAAUCAAAUGAAUCUCUAGAUGUUAGCAUUCGUGAUAAUCCAUCUCCGGUUACAAAUUCUGUGAAGAGUGAUCCUAUUCAUGAAUCACCAGAAAGUGUGAAAAACAAUGUACAAGACACUCAAAUGGAAUCACAGUCCCCUCCUCCUCAUGCUUCUCGGCUGGUCAGACGAAACUCUUACACAUUAGACAGUCCAAGCCCUGUCCUUUUGGAACAUAUGGCAAAAGAGAAUGAAAAGUGGAUCUCACUUACAGAUAAGAAGGAAAAAGACAAAGGACUUGAAUUUAAACCGUUUUUGUCAGCUAGGAAGCCAAGGAAAACUUGGAACAAAAGUUGCAGUGUUCAUUCUCCAAUUGUAAAAGCUAAUAUUCUAACUUCAAAACGUUCUAAUGUUCCUAUUAAAAGCGCCAAGACUUUUGUCAAAUGUUCUGUGAAAAGCAAGAAAACAAUUAACUCUCUCCCUUCCAGUUCCCGCACAAGCCCCACUCACUUGAGUCUGCUCGCACAUUCAACUGAGUGCAUAAAAACUAUGACAGAAACUUCAUCCAAUAUCGGUCAAAAUAAUGUAGAAUUCAAUUUUGACUCAAUUCCAGAACCUAUUAAAGAAGUUAAAACUCCUCAACAGAUUCCUCAAUCAACUAGUGGGAUGUACGUCAAUGAGAAUACGAUCACAGGAGCUAGUAGUGUUAAUGUAUCUUCUGUAUCAAACAAAGAGAACACAUCUGAAAGUUCACAGUUCAUAUGUGACACUGACAAUUCUUUACUUCCCUCUAUAGAGCCAAGUGACUCCGCUAGUCAGAUUUCAGUAGUAAGUCAGUCAACAUUACUUCCACAAAAACAAAUAUACAAUGCACCUGUAGACAAUAUUAACUCUCAGUGCAACAGAGGACAGUCUAGUGAUGUAGAUGAUGGCGUAUCAAUAUGUAGUAGUUUAAGUUUGUCCAAAUUUUUGACAUCGGAUGAAAUACUGUCAAGACCCUCGACUGCAGAAGAUUUGUCGACACUAUUUUCUGAGCUGCAGUUGCACCAUGAACGGCAAAUAAAGGAACUUUUAGAAAAACAACACAAGGAAAAAGUUAUGUUAACACAGUUGCAUUCAAACAGUGGAACGUUAUUGAGCAGAAGUGCAUCUCACUUAAGUGUUUAUGAUCUCCCCUGUGAAAACAGUAUUUCUCAAAUGAGUUCAGAUGAAAAACAAUCCUCAUGCAGCCGAGAGCUGUUUCCUAAUGAGAAUAUAAUAACUGCUAACAAAGUACAAUUUAAGGCUCAAAAACGCAAUUCAGAUAAAGAACAGACUGCAGCUGUAAAAAUAACUGCAUGGGCCCGAGGAUAUUUGACCAGACGGCUACUGAAGACUGAAAAAGUUCAACAGAUCAUAGACGUUAUCAAGGAAUCACUUACCUGUGCUUUCUCUCUGCAGUGCGAGUCCCAGCUUAGGAGGAAUGACCUAGAACUACAUGAGCGACUGGCUCACCAGUUAAGUGCAGCUUUAAAUGAGCUUUGGUCAGUCAUAUCUGCACCAGUUGCCAAGAGAAUGGCUAUCAUAGCGGCAGAUAGAGAGAGGCUAAAGAAACCAUUGUCUCGGCCUUCUUCUGCUAUUUCAGCAGCCACAAAGAAAAGUCUUCUUCGUAAGCAAAAGAGUAUGGUCAGUCCUGUUACAUCACAACUUCCUCAAGAAAACAGACUCAGGACCAAGUCUCUGUGUCUUGUAAAACCAAAUUUAACAAGAUCCAGAUCUUUUGUGAAGAGUGAUUCUUCUAGUGGUAGAAGUUCGAGUAGCUCACGUAAACCCUGGAAAUAACCAUUAAGUAAAAUAGUGUUAGUGAUCUAUUUUUUAAUUCUUGUUGUAUAUUUCAUGUUUUCAGCAAAUUUAAUUUAUUAAUAUUUUUGUGUUGUUUUAUGAUAUGAACUAAGAUAGUGUAAUGAUGUAAAAUCGUAUUGUAAAGAUAAUGAUAUAAAAUUGUAGUAUCAGUGUUGAAUUAUAUUUUCCUACUUAUUUUGGA